AUGGGUCGCGUCCGCACCAAGACCGUGAAGAAGACCUCCCGCCAGGUCAUCGAGAAGUACUACUCUCGGAUGACCCUCGACUUCCACACCAACAAGAAGGUGCUCGAGGAGGUCUCCAUCCUCCAGUCGAAGCGCCUCCGCAACAAGGUGGCCGGCUUCACCACCCAUCUGAUGCGCCGCAUCCAGCGCGGCCCCGUGCGCGGCAUCUCCCUCAAGCUGCAGGAGGAGGAGCGUGAGCGCCGCAUGGACUUCGUGCCGGAGAAGUCGGCGCUCGAGGUCGACGAGAUCCGCGUCGACAAGGAGACCAUGGACAUGCUGGCGUUCCUCGGCAUGGCCGACCUCCCCGGCGUUGAGCGCGCCCCCGAGGCCACCUCUGCCGCUGCCCCCUACCGCCAGCCCUUCAACGGACCCCGCGGUGGCAAUCGCGCCUAG